AGUACACCCAUACAUGUUAUGGAAAAUGAAAUGGGUAUCCCUCCAUUGUUAAUUAGAAGGAAAUAUCUUGCAUAUAAGUAUUGUAUUAAGGCACAAUCAUGGCGUGAUAAUGGCAUUGUAAAUAGUUUAGAUAAACUUAGUAACGUAGGUGAGUCACGAUAUUGGCUCAAUAAAAAGAAACCUUUGCUUGCUGUCACAUAUGGUGAGACCAAAACAGAAGCUAUUAACUCUUCUAAAGUAAUGGAGAUGUUUACUUUAAAAUCAUGGAUCAGUAACAUAAAAUAUGAUGAUAUUAUUAUUAUUAAUUUAAAGUGUGUUAAUAAAUGUAAGAGGUCCUACGAAAUCAAUAGUUUAAAGUAUGAAGUUAUGCGGGAGAUUAAUAAUACUUACAGUGGGUUUUACAAGGUCUAUACUGAUGGAUCAAAGAGCGAAUCAGGUACAGGUGCGGCUAUAUAUGAUCCGAGUCGUAUUAGUCACAAAAUAUUCAAAGUUAACAAUGAGCAUAUAUCGAUAUUAACGACCGAAUUGAUAGCAAUUUUUGAAGCACUUAAGUAUAUUUUAGAAAUUGAUGUGAGAAAAGCAGUUAUAUUCACAGAUAGUAAAAGUGCAUUGCAACAUAUUAUUAGAUGUACAAAAGGUUGCAGCGGAAUAUCGAUAGCAUAUUCUAUUCUUAGUAUCAUACAAGAUUGUAGAGAUAAGGGAUUUUCAAUAAAGUUUCAGUGGAUUCCAUCCCACAUCGGACUGUCCGGUAACGAGGAGGCGGAUCGAUUGGCAAAUUUGGCUCUUUUAAAUGGGAAAAAUUAUAACAUAGAACCUCACUAUACUGAGGUGUUUUCAAAAUUCAAAAUCAUUUGUUUUAAAAAUUGGGAUGAAUAUUUUAAUGAGAGAUCGCUUGACAAAGGAAUAUGGUAUAGAACAAUCCAAUCCGAGCCUCCUCGUAUACCUUGGUUUGUAAAUAGUAAAAUUAUUUAAACAUUUAAUGAGGAAAAGGGAUUCUCCCAAUUGUGAAGUAUGUGGUAACGUAGAUGAUGUCUCACACUUGCUACUGGCAUGUGUUCGGAAUCACAAUUUGAGAGAAACACUAAUGUGUGAACUAAAUUUAAAUUUUAUGAAUAUUGGUAUUUUCAACUGUAUUUUAAACAAACCUUUGAGCGUUUCGGCAAUGAAAGUGUAUGAAUU